AUGCGAAACGCGACCUCCACCACAACGUUCCUGACCGCGGGUACCCCAAUGUCGGAACACUUGUUGUAUGACCAAUUCAUGUCAAUCUUCAUCGGUUCCUUGAACAAGGAGUGGUCUCCAGUUAUUCCGCUGCUCUAUGGGAUGAAGGCCUCGGCGGAAAUCAUUGCUUUCGUGAUAAUGCAUGCGUCUCGCACAGCCAGCCGUGUCCUGGCACAGUCGAACAGCACCCAAGCUCUUGCUGCAAAUCUCAGGGAUCGCAAGAUGCGCCGUGCUGCCCAUCAAAACCUGACCUGCACAAACUCACAGUGUGGAGCCCAGGGUAAACGGGGAAAUACCAUUGCCGACUGCUUCUGGCCUGGAGGUGGAAAGGUGGGCCAAUGGCCAUCUUGGUGGAAGGGAAAGCGCAACGGACCAGCCGCUAACAUUGUCGACACUUAUGUCCUCGCCACAUGGAGCAUCCCGGCAGCUACUGUCAAUGUCUAUGACAGUGCUGGAACUCAGCAGAUUGACUUUGGCGGCAAGAAAGCCUUUGCGUCGCCAGAGUCGCUGAUGGGCUGGAGCGAAGCGACCGGGUCAACGAUGUCCAUGAUUGUGCCAACUAGUGGGAAUUGUGCCACUGCAACCUCCAUGGGGUAUCUCCGUUCCGAUGCUUCCUUUAGCGAGAUCGAGGCGGCCUCCGUGUCGGAGUUCGAGGUCAUCAGCAAUCUGCACAAGUCAAGCAAUGUCAGCAACAACAAAGAUCCCGUGUAUGUCCCAAACGGGACUAAGCCCGUCGCUUAUGGGUCUUGCGAGGCAGAGGUUGCAGCUAUCCUGACUGGAGGACAGCCAUAUCCAGGGGAAACCGAUGUCGUUUGUGAUUGCUUUGUUGUCUUCUGGAGCAGCGGGAGUGAGCACAUGGUCAUGGAUACAGCUUUAGAGCGCGAUACGCCAUUCCCGUCGGACUGGAUUGACGGAGAUGAUUUGGUGGUCGAUUUCGAAGAAUGGUAUGCAACACACCUCUGCCCACAAAUCUCUGUCCCUCCCGUCCUUAUCAAUGCCGCCAUCGCCGAAAUCCCGUAUCUUGUUGUCGCGGAUUCUGCUGCUACCGACCAUUGCUUCUACCAGCAUGAGGACUUUGCCUAG